AUGGGGUUUGGAGUUAAAUGGAGGAAAUGGAUGGAAUUAUUGGUUUUCAAGAGCAAUAUGUCGGUGAUGGUUAACGGUAGUCCAACAAAGGAAUUUGGUGUUAAUAGAGGUUUAAGGCAAGGUGAUCCGUUGUCUCCUUUUCUUUUUGUUUUGGUGGCGGAGGCUCUAACGAGACUUGUUAGAAAGUCUAUAGAGAUUGGGGAAUUUGAGUCUUUUGAUAUUAAAAGAAGGUGUGAGGUGGACAUUCUUCAAUUUGCGGACGAUACUUUGUUGAUCGGAAAGGGUUCUUGGAAACAUGUUAAGGCUUUAAAGAUUGUUUUGAGAUCUUUUGAACUUGUUUCUGGUCUUGGCAUUAACUUUCACCAAAGUAAGUUGAUUGGUAUUAAUGUGUCUCCUCUUUUUUUGGAAGCCGCGACUUUUUAUCUUUCUUGUAAGGUCAAAAAUAGCAACUUUUUGUUUCUUGGUAUUCCUAUUGGUAGCAACCCUCAGAAGGAAGCGACAUGA